CGCUAAAACCCCCAGUGCAGUGGAGAGUCAGAGAGAGAGAGAGAGAGAGGUAGAUAGAUAUAUAGAGACAAUACAAUGAGAAAUGAAAACAGGAAAUAACAUUAUUGAAGGAAAAGACAGUAGAAAGUGUACAUGAGGUAGAACAAUAGACAAAGUGGGAAAGAGAGAGGGUGGGACAAGCGAGUAGUAUUAGAGGGGGAGGAGGGAGGGGAUGGCAUGUGUGUUGGCUGAUGCUUCACCCUUCUGCUUUUUGAUGCGAUGCAGCUUCAAGUUUGAACACAGAGCAGCACAUGUGGAGGGACCCGGGUGCCCACCGCCAACAUUUCGGGUGCUGAUACGCAAGGCCAGAUAUCGUGUCUGACUGAGUGGAAAAGCCGUAACGCGCCAACAACCCACAGAUGAAUCACACCGGAUAAAAUAAUGUGUUUCCAUUGGCAAGAUCUGAGGACUAAUACUGCUAAAUCCUAAGUAAGAUGGACCUCACAGACAGACUCAACAUUGUUCAUGUACAGAUGCCUUAUUCUUGGGAUUAAUAGUGAUCUGAGUGAUCAGCGCUGGAUGCAAACUUUGACCUCACUAAAAGACAUUAUUUCUCUCUCGGGGAUGCUGCAGGAAACAGGACUGUAGUGGCACAGGUCACAACAUGAACUCCUCGCUGCCAUAACGGACAAAAUGGAUGCUGAAACAAACCCAUCACCAGAUGACAAACAGCUCCCCUGAUACAAGCUUCCUGUUGGUUGACGAGGCAGCUUGUCUUAACAUUUAACAGUAAACAGCCCUUGGCUUAAGAUGAACCUUACGUGUGAAAACACUACAGAUCUCCGGACGUACCAGCACCGUGUGUAUGCAGUGGUGUACAGCGUGAUCUUAUUACCGGGCCUGCUGGGUAAUGUGUUGGCCCUCUGGGUGUUCAGGGUCUACAUCAAAGAAACCAAGAAGGCUGUGGUGUUUAUGAUGAACCUAGCCGUGGCUGACCUGCUGCAGGUGCUAUCUCUGCCUCUGCGGAUCUACUAUUACCUGAAUGAAACCUGGCCCUUUGGUCAUCCCCUCUGCAUGAUCUGCUUCUAUCUCAAGUAUGUCAACAUGUAUGCCUCCAUCUACUUCCUGGUGUGUGUCAGCGUGCGUCGCUGUGAGCUUAUCAUGCGUCCACUGAGGUACAACUCAUCCAAACGAAAGGGGGACAUGUUUAUAUGUGCCACUGGCUGGCUUUUGGUCUGCCUGGCCUGUCUGCCCUUCCCUCUGUUGAGGAACCCCUACUCCAGUCAUAACUCCACAGAGUGUUUCUCGGAGCUGCCCCUGAGGGCUGUCAGUACUGCAGCAGCCUGGGUUCUCCUGAUCUUAGCUGAGAUGGUGGGCUUCAUCAUCCCCCUCAUCCUGGUGUUAGCCUGCACUUGUCUAACUGCUGGGAGCCUUAAGAAGCAGACAGAGGGGGCAAUUCCUGACCGAGGGGAGAAGCAGAGGGCGUUAAGGAUGGUGCUGAGCUGUGCUGUGGUCUUCUUAGUCUGUUUUGCUCCUUACCAUGUGACUAUGCCCCUGGACUUCUUGGCCAAGGCCAAGUCUCUUAGCAGCUGUGCCUUCAGGGACAUGAUUCUACGUUGUCACCCUGUCACACUCUGUCUGGCCAGCCUGAACUGCAGUCUGGACCCACUCAUGUACUAUUUCACAACUGAUGAAUUCUGGAGGCGACUGAGCAAACCAGAGAUACCAGAGGCCAUGACUUUCAGCAGGCGUCUGUCCUGCAUGACUGGAGGAGAGGAGGCAGAGGAUGACUAAACUACAGUCAAAGCUGCCUUGUAGGAUGAAAAACUGUUUAAUCUUAACCACUAAACCCUGACAUAAAUUCUAUUCAUUCCUAAAAACUACAGAAAUAUAAUUUACAUGGAAACUAUCAUGAGAAAAUGUGGCAGUGAGUUUCAAAAUGUGAUUUUUUUUUCUAUUUAUUUUUCAAUAAAAAGCUGCACCCGUUCUUUCUAAAUUUGUA